ACCCAUUCGGAACCACACAGCCUUUGUCAACGUCUAGAAUAUUUUUUCAAUAUUUUAACACAAAUCUGUAUUGGCUUUGUUACCAUCUACAUGAGCUGGCUGUGUCUGCGCACAGGAUUAGCGGGUACAGCUCUGCAUGCCUGGCUGGGAGUUAUUGGGUUCUCCUGUCUUAUGGCUGAGGGUAUUAUGUGCCAUUACAAUCGCAAUGUACUAACAGCGGAUUACAGCCGAACAACGAAGAACUAUCUACAUGGCAUCCUGCAAAUCUUGGGUGGUGGAUGUGGUAUUGCCUCAGCUCUAAUCAAAUCAAUACAACAUGAUUUUAAAUUUGAUAAUCUGCAUGGGAAGUUGGGUUUUGCUGCCUUUAUUCUUUGCUUGAUAAGUUUAAUUUCCGGAUUUGCUGCCUUUUUUGCCAAAUUCUUGGGGAAAUGUGUCAAACCCCUCUGGACUAAGUGCCUACAUAAUUUGCUGGGUAUUGGUACCUUUGUGGUGGCAUUGACUGCCCAAUAUUAUGGCUAUGAGACGGGAUUUUUUAGACAUAAUAUCCCUUCGCAGGAUUUUACAAUACUCAUACAACAGCAGCAACAACCCCACAUGGAAUGCCAAUUCAAUAUUACCCAUGCUGCUGAUGGCUAUACCCCGCUGCCCAUACAAAGUUUUCCCACCCUGAUGGCGGUGGGCAUGAAUUUAUUCAAUCACGUUUUAAUUGUGACACUGACCUCGUAUAUGGUCUAUAAAUGUUGGCUACUAGAAUUUCAAAAGACCGCCCUGCAUGCCCAUCUUUGUACACUUGGGUUUGUUCUCCUAAUGGCCGAGGGUGUAAUGGUCCGUUAUCGGGCCAAUAUUCUAUUCGAUGACUAUGCGGCGGAAAGUAAGACACUGCUGCAUGCCUUAUUACAAUUUAUGGGUGGAUUUUUGGGUAUCAUUGGAACACUGCAAAAAUACUGGGGUAAAGAGACCCAUUUUAAGUCACGUCAUGCAAAAUUUGGUUUGGCUGCCUGCAUAUUCUGUUUCAUAAAUUUCAUCGCCGGUUUCUGUACCCUGAUCUUACCCUCUAGCCGUGUUGCCAUGAAACUGCUGCAUACCUCCUUGGGCCUUUUGACAUUUGUCACCGGUAUGUUGGCUCAGAUCUUUGGCUAUGACACCGGGUUCUUUCAACGCAAUUUUACCCAUAAGAGGCUAUUUAAAUUUGUCACCUUUGUUAUAAUGGCCAUAUCGAUUAUUGGACCCUUUAAGAUGAUUACACAAAAAAUGCACAGCACUUUUGUUAAUUAUAUGCCGCAGGCGGCCAGGAGUGCCCUGAGGCUCCUGGAAACGGAUGCCUUGAAAUCGUUGAACUAUGGUCAUGCUAAUAUCCUAAACAUAACGCCAGGUUGUGACCUCUUGAGGGGGAAUAGUCAUAUUAGUGACUAUGUUCCCUCUCACAGAGACUUUAAUGACAUCAAAGUGGAGUUUCCUAGUAUGGAAAUCCUUGCAAUCACCGAGAUGGUAAAAAAGGAUGAUCACAAUUGA